AUGGGCGACAAGCGGAGUCCCACAAGGCCGAAGCGUCAACCGAAGCCCUCCUCCGACGAGGGGUUUUGGGACUGCAGCGUGUGCACGUACAAGAACACGGCGGAGGCAUUUAAGUGCAUGAUGUGUGAUGUCAGGAAAGGGACAUCAACAAGGAAGCCGCGGCCAGUCUCCCAGCUCGUCUCGCAGCAGCAGGCCACUCAGCAGUUCGUGUUACCCUCACAACCCAAGAAGGAGAAGAAGGAGCGCGUCGAGCGGGAGAAAAGCGACAAGGAGCCGGCGCUCAAAAAGAACAGUCACAAAAAAAUGAGGCCUAGGUUAAAAAACAUUGACCGGAGCAGUGCCCAGCACCUGGAAGUGACCGUGGGCGACCUGACAGUCAUCAUCACGGACUUUAAGGAGAAAGCUAGGCCUUCGUCCACCUCGGCGUCGUCCUCCUCCAGCGCCGCGUCGUCCGCCGACCACAACAGCCAGAACGGCUCCAGCUCGGAAACCACGGAGAAGGGGCUCUCGCGCUCGUCUUCGCCCCGGGGUGAGGGUGGCUCGGUCAAUGGAGAAUCCCACUGA